AUGGCCGCAAUGCAGGAUCCAGUGGACGAGAUCCAGUAUCAAUUCCCGCCGAUGAUCGAGUGGUGGGUGAACUCGGGGUUUGGUAAGCCUAUGGACGAGAACAUGAUCCAUCGCUACUUUGCCGGCUCCCCGUUCUUCGACUCUACCACGAAGAAUGGUCUCAUCUUGCUGCAGGCGGAAAAUGACAUGCACGCUUACAAUCUCUCAUGGAAUCGCCAAGCACUCGAGGACAACCUUCGAAAGCGGGCUGGGACCGAGUACAUGAUUGUAGGACAGCCUCAGCCACAUCCCGAUCCUGCUUUAGCAGCUCAGGGGCUCACUACCGGCGUGUACACUAUCAGGAAACAAGACAGACAACGAGCGUCAGGAGACGUGUAUGUGCGGCCACCUCACGUGCUGACAGAGAAGGACUCCGACGGCAAAGGUCUCUGGGGACUCACGAUCCUGGGCACUUACUUUCUGCUGGGCGAGGCAGUCUAUCAAGCGCCAAGCGUGUUUGAUAUCGUCGGAAACCGAUUAUUAGCUGCUGCGAGUAGCCUGAAGAAGUUCUACGAAACAGCCGACUGUCUGCCAAGAUAUACUCCGGCGAUAGGCUACCAUUAUCUCCCACGCAGCUCGAAGCCGGCCGCCGCAACAACGUCUGUCCCGGGAACCCCAGCCAGAUCACGAGAAGGCAGCCUGGCUCCAGCGACCGACUCGCAAUCGCUAAGAUUGGGCUCUGUACAACCAGAUGCGCAGGCUGGAACGACGGCAGCUGCAGUGACUCAGCAAGAGACCAACCUUCUGGCCAAGUCUCUCGAAGACUCCAUCCGGUAUGGCGAUGAGUACACCGACGAGAACCCUCUCCUUGGAGCACCAGGCACAUUUUACUUUCAAUCAUCCAACACCGAAGUCAGGAAGCGCAGGGAGAAGGAAGCAGCUGGGUUGAAGGCUCAUCUUGAGCAGACCAUGACGGCGAAUGCUCCAGCAGCAGUGUCGACUGCCGAUGAUGCGCCCAAAGCUCCAUCACCACCCGCUGUCUUCACCCAAGAAAAGGUUCUCAAGGCAGAGAAAGCGAAUGGAGAGAGGAAGGGUAGCAAGUCCAGCAAGAAGGAUCGUAGGAAGAGCAGACCUGCCACGAGUCCGACCACUCCCGCUAGCGCUACGAGUCCGCAGGCACUGUCAUCGGCGUCAUGA